AUUGUACUCGUGAUAAAAAGUUCUCAAUUUUCAGGAUCUUAUACCAAAGGCAACAGAGGGCAAAAAGAUCUCCGAGAAGGAGGGUCCAUAUGGCAUACAUGAGACCAUGAUCAAUGGUUUCAAGAAUCAUGCCUCAACACUUGCCCCUGUUCAUCCAUUAGAGGUUUCUGAAAAACAGUGGCAGAGUACCCACGAAAAGUCUGAAUUUUCCCUACUCCGGAACACUCAGGGGAUCCACAUGCCACUUAGACUGAAGAUGGAGCGAAAUGCUGCCCAUAAGGUUCAACGACUCCCCUGUCUCCAUAGUUCAAACUUUAUGUUGAACACAUUAUCAAAGAACAGUGAACUGAUUGACUUUGAUGAUUUCCUCAACAAUCCAGCAGAUGCUGAAGUGAUGGGCGCCCCUCACAUGAUGACAGAGAGGCAGCUGGGAUUAUUAUGAUAUGGACGACGUGGUGGUUUCGUUUUCAUGUGCUGAUCUUGUGAACUGACAUUAUUUUAGAGGAAGUUACUUUGCAGAAUAAUUGGGAAAAGGGCAUGAGCGUCAAGUACUCUUCGGACAGUGCUGCAUAAUUUCAGUGUCAAGACUGUUCUAUCUUUAAAAUAAGCUGAUGUUGCAGUUAAAAAAGGACAAUUUGUUGUGUGGAAGUGUAGACCUCUGGGAAUGAAUAAAGACUUGAAAGUAGUCUUUAUUUAUUCUUGGUACUAUAGAUGUAAGGAUUCUGCUCCCAAGCAAGGGUGCAGUCAUAUUUGGAACGACAAUGCCUCUUCAAAUCUUGGCAUAUAAUAUCACAGCUCUGGCACUCCUUGUGGCUAAUUUUCGUCUCUGAAUGGCUCACCAUACCGAACUUAAAAGUGUGAAUUGUUGUAAGGUGUGCUUUUCUCAACCGUCUGUUUGUAACAGUUCAUUUACCUUUAUAGCAAGGUUUAAUAAAUAUAACUUCUUGUACA